AAUCCGAUGAAUUUAUUAUGAUUAGAUAUCGCUUAUUAGCGAAUAAUUUGAACUUCCUAAUAGAAUAUUGAAAAAAAAAUGGGCGUGCUAAACCGCACCUACUUUUUUACCACUAUGGUAUUGUAUAUCCAUAAAAAAAAAUCUAUUCGUGACAAGACGUUUGGGGUGUGGUAUUAAAAGGGCAAAAGAUUUUUCAAUCCUCUACAUUGUGACUUUACCUCUCGGUGUGACAACAUCAAAAAAAUAAAUAAAUAGCUUCACUAAAGUGACUAAUACGCGAAAUUAACAAACAAAAGAAAAAUUCUGUGCUUCAUCAUUAUAGUCGAUGAGAGAAGUAACAUUGUGGCGUAAAGAUUACGUUAAAUUGAAAAUUACUGAUUUUCUCUUAAUUACACUUGACAUUUCAAAGCCAAAAGUGAAAAAUGGGGAACAAAGUUUAUACAUUCACCGAAGAACAACUGGAAGACUAUCAAGAUUCCACGUAUUUCACACGUAAAGAAAUUUUGAGAAUUUAUCAAAGAUUUCGAGAUAUCGGAGGUUCUUCAACGGUUCCUGAAAUACUGACUCCCUUGGAAGCUUCGUCAUUACGAAUUCCUUUCUCGACUUUGGAUAAAAUACCCGAACUAAAGGAAAAUCCCUUCAGAGACCGUAUUUUGGAAGUCUUUACUACUCAUCAUCAUGGCCACGAGCCUGGCAACUCAUCAAACGAGGGGAUAUGCUUCGAAGAUUUCCUCGAGAUGAUGUCGGUCUUUUCCGAUCAAGCACCUCGCGAUUUGAAAGUUCAUUACGCCUUUAAAAUUUACGAUUUCGACGGCGAUGGACUAUUGGGACUGAGUGAUUUGGAAAAAACAUGCAAUCAACUAGUUCGAGGUGGACUAAGUCCAGAGGAAGUGGCAACAAUUUGUGAAAAAGUUUUAGAAGAAAGUGACAUAGACAGUGAUGGUGCCUUAUCCUUUUUGGAAUUUGAAAAUGUCGUGACGAGAUCCACAGAUUUUCUAUCGACAUUUCAAUUGAGAAUCUAAUCUAAUAACUAAAACACUUCAAUUAAUUUCACUAAAAACCAAAAAAAAAAAAUACUUGUAGCACUUACUAUUCGAAAUCUGAAAAAAAUUCUAAAUAUAAAACAAUCUAAAUUUGUUUCAGAACUAAAUUAUCAUUCGUAAACGGUAUUAAGUAUAUUAAUAUAGAUAUUAAGAUAAUUUAUUUUUAAUAUUAAUAUAGAUAUUAAUAUAUUUAAUAUCAAAAAUAUAAUUAACGCUAUUUUAUAUAAAUAUAAAAUUUUUCGAUACUAAAAAAAAGCAAUAGAUAAAGAAGAGAAAGUUUCAUCUGUUUCGCUAAAUCUCUUUUAUUUCAUAUAAGAAAAAUAAAAAUGACGCAAAAAUGUAAAAUCGAUUUGUAAAAUAGAAAAGCAAAAAUAAAAAAAACCGUUUACAAGUUGUACAUUUAAAAAUCGACUUUAUAAAGCGAUCUUUAUAUAAUAAAAUCUCUGAGAGCAUUAUAUAACACA